AUGAUAGGAAUUUGGGGAGCUCGGGGAAUAGGUAAAUCCACUAUUGCAAGAGCUAUAUAUAAUUCCAUUGCUGAUCAUUUUGAAGGCUUAUGUUUUCUUUCUAAUGUAAGAAAAAGUUCUCAAAAUCCAACUGGUUUGUCACAUCUUCAAGAGACAUUAUUACGUACAUUAGUUAAGGAGAAAGAUCUCAAAUUGAGUGACUGUCACGAAGGAAUACCAAUAAUAGAACAUAGGCUUCGUAAGAAGAAGAUUCUUUUGAUUCUUGACGAUGUUGACAAAUCAGAACAAUUAAAAGCACUUGCUGGAAGUUGUAACUGGUUUGGUUGUGUAAGUAGAAUAAUCAUCACAACCAGAAAUAAGAAAUUAUUAGUAAGUCAUGGUGUUACAAGCAUUUAUGAUGUCAGGGAAUUAGAUGAUAAGGAAUCUCUUAAGUUGCUUAGUUGGCAUGCCUUUGAAAAAGAAGACGUGGAUUACAACUACAUGGAGGCUUGCAAUCUUGCCAUAAAUUAUUCGUGCGGUUUUCCAUUAGUUUUAGAAGUGAUUGGUUCUAACUUGCGUGGUGAAGGAGUUAAUCUCUGGAGGUCUGCACUGGAUCAUUUCAAAGGCAUUCCACAUGAAAGUGUUUUGGGCGCCUUCAAAUUAAGCUAUGAUACUUUAGAAGAAGUGGAGAAACAAGUUUUCAUUGACUUCGCUUGUUUUUUCAAUUGUGAGAAAUUAGCAAUUGUCAAUGAUGCGUUGCUAUGUAUAUAG